AUGUUAGUCAUAAAUUUAAUGUAUUUGUAUUCUUAAGAGAUAAAAAUACAUAAAAGUGUAAAUUAAAUUCUUCUUUUAUCAAAUCAAAAGUCAAUUGAAAGAAACCAAGAGAAAAAAAAACAUCUUAAAUUAUAAAGAAAUUAUUUGCUUAUGGCUCUCAAUCUUGAUCAGAAAUCAUAUAUAACUAUCGCUGGAUCUAUAAUAGUACACUUAGUCCUAGGUACUAUUUAUUUAUGGGGUGUUAUAACUGUUUACAUUACAUCAUACUUCAGAACUAAAGAUAAUCCAGACUUAACAUUAAAAUAAGCAGGAGUGGUCUUCCCUAUCAUGAUGUUUUCAGUGGCUACAGGGAUCCCAUUAGGUAUGAAACUUAUCAAAAAAACUGCUAGGACAAGGAUAGUUUGUUUUAUACUUACCACAUUGGCAAGCGCUUGUAUUUUUAUUGCAAGCUGGUAAACAUAAUUUGGAGUAUUUGUUAUAUUUUAUUCCCUCUUUUUUGGUGUUCUUGAUGGAGCUUCUAUGUCUAUAACUCUUUAUAUUGGAUUGCUUUAUUAUCCUAAAAAGAGAGGUUUAAUUUCAGGACUCAUUCUAGUUGGUUAUGGGCUUGCAUCUCUUAUUUAUAGCUAGGUGUUUUUCUAGAUCGUAAAUAAAUAGAACUUACAACCUAUUAAAGCAGGGAACGGAGAAAGCUAUUUUAUGGGGGAUGCUGAAUCAGUUGCUUAAAAAGUUCCUGAAGCUUUGAGAUGGCUAAGCUUAGCUUAUUUACUUCAAAUGUGGUUAGGUUCUAUGUUGUUGAUAGAUCAUCCAAGUUAAACUGAAAUGCUUUUAAAGUAAUAAAAUGCUAAGAAGGAAGAGAUGUAAAAGGGAUAGGAAUAGAAACAAUCAUAACUGAAGUUAAACACUCUUGUAGUAAAAGUUCCAUAAAAUAAUGAUGAUGAAAAUAAAAUUGGAUAAUUGAGCAAAUAAAUUUAAAAUAGUGAAUAGAAUGCUAAUUAAUUAGUAGAAAAUUAACAAACUGAAACAAAUUAAAAUGAAAAUAUAAAUCUAUUGCAAAUUAAAUCUAAUUAGGAAAUAAAUUAUAAAUCUGAUAAUAAAAUAGAAGAAAAUAAAGGUACUGUUAUUUGCAUAACAGAAUCAACUAAUAAAAUACCAAGAGAUGUUUAAAUUUAAAUAUAAGAUGAAUCAAAAAUAAUUGAAGACGAAAUAGAAUAUUAUAAAAAACUUGGCUGCCCAAACUUUUCAACAGCAAUUAAAACUAAAUAUUUUUACUUCGUCGUACUUACUUCAUUUUUGACUGGAUCAAUUGGUUUAUGCAUUUCUGGAAAUUAUAAAACUUACGGAAAGGAGUAUAUUUCAGAUGAUGCAUUCCUAACUUUGAUCGGAUCUCUUUCUGGAAUAACUAAUGGUUUAACAAGACCAUUUUGGUCAGCUCUUUUAGAUAAAUAUAAAUUCAAGGAUUGCUAUGCUGCCGUAUGUAUUGUAUAAAUAAUACUUUGUGUUACUUUUUAAUUUGCUGUAAAGCAUGAUGCUUUUUAUUUGUUUUGGGUAGUCAUAACUAUGGGCACUUUUGGUGGUACUUUUGGAAUGCUUCUCGCUCUAUGUGCGUAAUUUUUUGGUACUACAGUUGGUUCUGAAGUUUAUGGGAUAGUUUGGUAUGGUUAUGCAGGAGCUAAUUUCCUACAAUUCGCUCUUGUAGCUUUAGUCAAAGAUAGUAUUGGAUUUCCUGGUAUAUUUUACAUUUUUGCUGGAAUGAAUGGCCUUUCUUUAAUAUGGUUACGCUUAAUGAAUUAUUAACCUAACUGGAAACCUUAUUAUGAAAAAAUAAAAGAGAUGGAACAUGCCAAAAAGUAAAAGUAGAUAGAAAUUUCAAACAGUCAUUAAAAAAAUACUUGA